UAUACAUACACCACACUCUGCAUCUCCGCCACUACCUCCUGCUCUCUCUCACUUUCCCAACGAGUUCGUAAUCGCCGGUUUAUUGGAGAGAAGAUCGCAGCCUGCUUGUGCUUCGUAGAUCGGCGAUGGCGGCGGAGACCGAGACGUUUGCUUUCCAAGCUGAGAUCAACCAGCUGUUGAGUCUCAUCAUCAACACCUUCUACAGCAACAAGGAGAUCUUUCUCCGUGAGCUCAUCAGCAAUGCUUCUGAUGCUCUGGACAAAAUCCGGUUUGAAAGUUUGACUGAUAAGAGCAAACUAGAUGGCCAACCUGAGCUCUUCAUCCACAUUAUCCCAGACAAGACCAAUAACACCUUGACUAUCAUUGACAGUGGUGUUGGUAUGACAAAGGCUGAUCUAGUGAACAACCUUGGUACCAUUGCUAGGUCUGGUACCAAAGAGUUCAUGGAAGCUCUUGCUGCUGGUGCUGAUGUUAGCAUGAUUGGACAAUUUGGUGUGGGUUUCUACUCAGCCUAUUUGGUUGCUGAGAAGGUCAUUGUGACGACAAAGCACAAUGAUGAUGAGCAGUAUGUGUGGGAGUCCCAAGCUGGUGGCUCAUUUACUGUUACUAGAGACAAUUCUGGUGAGAUCCUUGGUAGGGGUACCAAAAUUACCCUCCACCUUAAGGAAGAUCAACUUGAGUACCUUGAAGAACGCCGACUCAAGGAUUUGAUUAAGAAGCACUCAGAGUUCAUCAGCUACCCAAUCUCCCUCUGGAUUGAGAAGACCAUUGAGAAGGAAAUCUCUGAUGAUGAGGAUGAAGAGGAGAAGAAAGAUGAGGAAGGGAAGGUAGAAGAGGUAGAUGAAGAGAAGGAUGAAAAGAAAAAGAAGAAAAUCAAGGAAGUUUCUCAUGAAUGGUCCUUGGUGAACAAGCAGAAGCCCAUCUGGAUGAGGAAGCCAGAGGAGAUCACAAAGGAUGAGUAUGCUGCAUUCUACAAGAGCCUGACCAAUGACUGGGAGGAGCACUUGGCAGUCAAACACUUCUCAGUUGAGGGUCAGUUGGAAUUCAAGGCUGUUCUCUUUGUUCCAAAGAGAGCUCCUUUUGACCUCUUUGACACAAAGAAGAAGCCAAACAACAUCAAGCUGUAUGUUCGCCGUGUGUUCAUCAUGGACAACUGUGAGGAGUUGAUUCCAGAGUACUUGAGCUUCGUGAAAGGAAUUGUCGAUUCUGAGGACCUUCCUCUCAAUAUCUCAAGAGAGAUGUUGCAGCAAAACAAGAUCCUGAAGGUUAUUCGCAAGAACUUGGUGAAGAAGUGUGUUGAACUCUUCUUUGAGAUUGCUGAAAACAAGGAGGACUACAACAAGUUCUAUGAGGCUUUUUCAAAGAAUCUCAAGCUUGGUAUCCAUGAGGAUUCCCAGAACAGGACUAAGAUUGCAGAGUUGCUGCGUUACCACUCCACCAAGAGUGGUGAUGAAAUGACGAGCUUGAAGGACUAUGUGACCAGGAUGAAGGAAGGCCAGAGUGAUAUCUACUACAUUACUGGUGAGAGCAAGAAGGCUGUUGAGAACUCCCCCUUCCUUGAGAAACUGAAAAAGAAGGGAUAUGAGGUUCUCUACAUGGUUGACGCAAUUGAUGAGUAUGCUGUUGGUCAAUUGAAGGAAUUUGAGGGCAAAAAGCUUGUUUCUGCCACAAAGGAAGGUCUCAAGCUCGAUGAGAGCGAGGAUGAGAAAAAGAAGAAUGAAGAAUUGAAGGAGAAGUUUGAGGGUCUGUGCAAGGUUAUUAAGGAUGUGCUCGGAGACAAGGUCGAGAAGGUGGUUGUUUCUGACCGUGUUGUGGACUCUCCCUGCUGUCUGGUUACUGGAGAGUAUGGUUGGACUGCCAACAUGGAAAGAAUCAUGAAGGCCCAAGCUCUUAGAGAUUCAAGCAUGGCUGGUUACAUGUCCAGCAAGAAGACCAUGGAGAUCAACCCAGAAAAUCCCAUAAUGGAGGAGCUGAGGAAGAGAGCUGAUGCUGACAAGAAUGACAAAUCUGUGAAGGAUCUUGUACUGUUGCUGUUUGAGACUGCUCUCCUGACAUCGGGAUUCACCCUGGAUGAACCCAACACCUUUGGCAACAGAAUUCACAGGAUGCUGAUACUUGGGCUGAGCAUCGACGAAGAUGCUGGUGAUGCUGAUGCUGACAUGCCACCAUUGGAGGACACUGAUGCUGACGCAGAGGGCAGCAAGAUGGAAGAAGUUGAUUAAAUUUACCUUCUCUAGUUUUUGUCUAUUUUUGUUAGUAUUUAUCCCCUAUCUUUAUUUUCUUGAGUUCUUCGUACCAAAUCAAACUGUGUUACAAUUAUGUUUUCUGUGACCACUAUUUUGAACUUACCAUUUUAUUUCCCCUUCAAAAUCAUUUUCAUCUGUGGAAGUAAAUGGUGCUCUAA